AGGAACCUGGAGCCCAACCUUCAAAAAAGAUCAGCCUAACUGCCCAUCAUGACUGGUACUGAGGCUUCAUCUAGUAAAACAGGUCCUGUAUUAGAGAUCACCCAGCAAGAUUUUUUUCAGGAAGCAAAAACUCUCAUUGCCCAACAUCAUGAGAAAAUAAAUGAGAACAAAGUUCAAGAUACUUCUAUAAAUGUUUUUAGAAAUAAACAUCUAAAACUGAAAUCUGGCAAAUUCAUACCUUUAGAGAUUAGGAAAAAGGAAACACUUGACGUGGUCCAAGAACUCCAGAUAGCGCACAAACAUAUUUGUUUUCCCAAAGAUGUUUCCAAAUGUGAACAUUUUGAGGAACCCCCCCAACAAACUGCUUUCAAGGAGCCACACAUUUUUAAUGUAAAAGAGAAAUUCAAGAGCCCUAUAGAUCUAAUUGCAAAAGAACAAGUUAAACUGGGUAAAAUAGUGUGUAAUAUUGAAUCAGUGGGUAAAGAAAUGGAGAAAGAAAAGCAACAGUACCAUCAGAAAUCCAGAAUAUUGGACUUAAACACCAUCCCCAUCAACAAACUUGGCUUGUCCUCAGGAUACAUGACCUCUUCUUUGAUGGGGUUUCUGAAAGAAAAUGAGAAAGCAUUCUAUGACUGGAGAGGCAUCGUGUCAAUAAGGUCUUCCUCUUUGGCUUGUGACUUCAGAUUUCCUAGUUUCUCCGAGUACAGUACUAAAUUGAAAAAAAGGAAAAUACCCUUCAAGCCAGAACCACAGCGACAACCCAGGGUACAACAGAGUCUGAGUAAAAGUGACAAAUUUGACAGUAAAGUUAAAAGAAUUGGACCACACAUAGAAAUCUUCCAAGUAUUCCGGGAAAGGAGCAGAAUGAUAAUUACCAAAAAAACAAUCAACAUGAUCACCCUCAUGCAGGCGCAUGUCAGAGGUUGGCUUGAACGCAAAAGAUUCCAAAGAAUAAUGGUCAAGGCUUUGUAUCAUGGGCCAAAUUUGAGAGCAGUUAUAAACAUGUAUUGCAGACAAAUCCAUCGUAUUAAACAUCGACUGGGUCUUUGGAGGACAAGACAAAUUAUAAACUUUGCAGAGCUAGAGGAAUGGAUGGAUAGAAAAAAAUUCUAUGAAACAAUGUUUGCUAAGAGAGAAUAUUGGCAAGGAUUAGAAAGAAGUGAGCUGCUUAAGUUCUUCAAUGACUGUGGUCAUUUCCCAACUCAGCAGCAAAUUGAUCAGAUUUGGGACCUGGUCCAUAAAGACAACCAUGAAAAAUAUUCUGAAAUCAUCAAGAAGUCCAAUGCAAUUGAAAUGUUAUUUACACUCUAUCCUCCUCAAGGUGCCCAUGUGCAGAAUAGGCAACUUAAGUCCACUUGGCUGAGACCCGUAGUAAAUGGAGAAGAAGGCUACAAAUAUAUAGUUUUCCACCUGAAAAUUACCAGAACGUGA